UGCUGACGUGACGCUGAUGUCUUUCACAGCGCACGCAGAGCUAGCUAGUUUGCAACCACGACUACCAACAUCAGAUUGCGGUGGAGAGAGAGAGACGCAGAUGGUCAUGUCGGAGAGAAGGAGCAAAGAUGAGGUGCCGAACGGUGCAGCCUAUGGCACUAGUACAGAGCCACACGUUGCCAGACCAAAUAUUGGCAACAGAGUGACUGUAGUGCUUGGGGCUCAAUGGGGCGACGAGGGCAAAGGGAAGGUUGUGGACCUGCUCGCUCAGGACGCUGAUAUCGUUUGCAGAUGCCAGGGUGGCAACAAUGCAGGACACACAGUGGUGGUGGACUCUGUGGAGUAUGACUUCCAUCUUCUACCCAGUGGCAUUAUCAACCCCAAGGUCACAGCUUUCAUUGGUAAUGGGGUAGUGAUCCACCUGCCUGGCCUCUUCGAGGAGGCUGAGAAGAAUGUGUGCAAAGGCAAAAGUCUGGAGGGCUGGGAGAAGAGGCUGAUCAUUUCAGACAGAGCACACAUUGUUUUUGAUUUCCACCAAGCGGUCGACGGUGUUCAAGAGCAGCAGAGACAAGAGCAAGCAGGCAAGAACCUAGGAACAACGAAAAAGGGGAUUGGCCCGGUGUACUCAGCCAAAGCAGCCCGUAGCGGCCUCCGGAUAUGUGACCUCAUGUCUGACUUCACGCAGUUCUCUGAAAGAUUUAAAGUCUUAGCCUCGCAGUAUCAGUCUAUGUAUCCGACCCUGGUGAUUGACAUCGAUGGGGAGUUGUCCAAGUUGAGGGAUUACGUGGAGAAGGUAAAGCCUAUGGUGAGAGACGGGGUCUUUUACAUGUACGGGGCCUUACAUGGACCUCCCAAAAAUAUCCUGGUGGAAGGAGCCAAUGCCGCCCUCUUGGAUAUUGACUUCGGGACAUACCCUUUCGUGACCUCAUCUAACUGCACAGUGGGCGGGGUGUGUACGGGGCUAGGCAUGCCGCCCCAGAACGUGGGUGAGGUGUAUGGCGUGGUCAAGGCCUACACCACCCGGGUUGGCAUCGGCGCCUUUCCCUCAGAGCAGUUCAAUGACAUUGGGGAGCUCCUGCAGACAAGGGGGAAAGAAGUGGGUGUAACCACGGGCCGUAAAAGGAGAUGUGGUUGGCUGGACCUGGUGCUCAUCAAAUACGCCCACAUGAUCAACGGCUUCACUGCCUUAGCUCUCACCAAACUAGACAUCUUGGAUGUGCUCCCUGAGAUCAAAGUUGGUGUGUCCUACUCUGUGGACGGUGAAAAUAUACCUAAUUUUCCAGCCAACCAGGAAGUCUUACAGAGCGUUGAGGUUCAGUAUGACACCCUGCCAGGUUGGAACAGUGACACCUCCACCGCCAGAACGUUUGAUGAGCUGCCAGAGAACGCCCAGAAAUACGUCCGCUACAUUGAGGAGCACCUCGGUGUGCCCGUGAAAUGGAUUGGCGUAGGCAAGUCUCGGGAGUCCAUGAUCCAGAUCUUCUAAGGUCUUCUCCUCCACACUGUAGCCACCACCAGACCCUCAGUCCCCCCUCUCUUCCGAUGGUUACCUGGUUCCAGGGGCCUGUGGCUUGGGAAACUGGUCCUAUGCUACAUGCCACUCCUCUCUAUCCCCAACUCACUCCCAUACCACAGACACCAACCUGGGAGCUGCUCCUGGGGAUGCUCUUAUCACAUCCCCCCGUGAUCCCGCUCUCUCCUUAUUCUCUCUCUCUGUCUGUCUCUGUCUCUGGAGACCUGUGUGGGACUCUUCAAAAUAGCCUCCUCAGGCGUUAACAGGGAAGUACACUUCAGUUGCUUGCCAGCCUACGUCUGUUACUCCCCAUGUAUGGUUUGUCAGAAAGCCCUCAGAGCCGCCUCUUCUGGCCUUUGUUUAUGGAUCUGUUAUCCUGACAUCCUUGCACACGCACCCCACACACACUCAAAUCACACACAAAACCACACAAAAAUCCAGGAGUGUGACACUGUCAUUGACCCGUCUGCAAGCCAAUGUCAGAAACGAUAUGUUCAUGUGUACAGUACUGGAGUGGGACAUGGUUGAUUCAUACACCAAUUUUCUGUGCCUGUACUGUGAUGAAAACAGUUUGUGUAAAUGUGUUCUUUAUGCCUAGCAUGUGCCAAGGAGCCCAUGGCCAUGAAACGACCCACUCGAGCAACUUAAGAUACAAAGUUUCUGUAUGGACAACUGUCAAUGUCUCUGUAUACAAUUGUAAUAAUGGCAGGAAAUGUAGAAUAUGUUGCUGCUGUUAUAAUGACCUUGUUCCACGCAACAUAGAUGCCAUUACUAGAAAUACAAUCUUAAAUGGGCAUUUUAGAGGCGUCACAAUCAAACAACCUCUUAGUAAUUUCCCCAGCUGACUAGAAAUUAGUUUGUAUUUCAAAGCAGGAAAAAGCUGUGUUACUACUGGACAUUAAAACAGAGGUCAGUUAACAUUUUGAUAGGUGAUCUUCUAUCAAACUCCACAUUGAAAUGACGCAAGAAUGUAUUUCAAUGCUAUUCUAAGUUUAAACUCCAACGCAAACACAUGAUGUUGAUAUGCUAAACUCUAGUCUCAGGACUUCUACACAAUCACAACAGUGUAUAUAUUUUACUUCUAUUUUAAUGAUUUUAGGACUAGGUAUGAUGGAUUCUUUUCUGCAACUGCUGGAUGUGUGGGUAUUUCUGCAGAUGUAGCGUAUUAGACAGCAGAUUGUCUCCUGACUCGGUAACAACUAUAUAUAACCUUUUGCUUUUAUAAACUGGAGCUGUUCAAUUGAAAUGGAAUUUAAUCAUGUGUUUUCCCAUCACUGAUAUACAAUCUAAAUAUUUCAAAUUAAGAUUUUUAAAGACAUGAAAGGAUCUCUUCUGUUUAUGUACUCGAUCCAUACAUCAACAUCGGAAUGGCUUGAUUAUUACAUGGAAAAAUUGUUACUAGGAAAGGCGUGUAUUCAAGGUUGACUUUGAACCUUGAAUGACAGUUGUCUAUGGGUGCCUAUUCAUGCAGAGAUGGAAGACUACUCAUACAAUAUCAGUUUGCUUUUGUGUCUGUAGGUCUCUACAGAGAAGGCUGUAGACUUCUGUGAAAUAAUGGGUUUCUACGUUGGUGGCGAAGAAGUGCUUUCUCUUUCAAAUAUGGAAGUGUCAAACUAGUGUCACAAUACGUAGUUACUAUCUGUCAGGUACAUUGUUAAGUCUGUCUUCAGUAGAACAGUUAUCUCUGCUAGGCCUAUAUGAUGUCUGUCUUGUUCUUCCCCUGUGUCUUUUUGAUUGUAAGAUUAUAUCAGCGAUUAUGGUAUUCCGCUAAAGUAUGCUCAGUGCGAAGAUGAAAACAUGCACUGGAAAUUAAACUAAUGGGAUGUCUUUAAA